CCCAAAACUAGAAAAAGUUUAAAUGUUCUGUAUUUUGACAUCUAGGUUGAUUUACUCACUAAGUUCUAGCAUUUCCCGAUAGAUAGCAACACUGGCCAGACUUCUGAGCCAACCUGGGUAUAGUUACACGUUUCACCACCAAUGCAGUGCUGCUCCAUCUUGGUGUUGUCAAAGUGCUGGAUUUUGUUGUCUUCCAACUUUUGUUUCCUCAAGCUUAUUUUUAAGCUGUUGAGAGCUGGGAAAAUGCCAAGAAACCGGAUAAAACCACUAGGGACUAGAAAUUACGGUAACUACAAACCAGAAAUAUUGGAUGAAUGUCUUGAGGCCAUACGAUCAGGUGAGUUAACACAAAGAGCUGCAGAAACAAGGUAUGGCAUUCCUCGUUCUACAAUUAAGAAUAAAUUGAAAGGCAGGCAUAUGAAUACAGUUGGUCGAGCAAGAACAUUUAGCGAUGAAGAAGAGCUGGCUUUUGAAAAGCACUUGAUAACACUAUCUGACUAUGGAUUUCCAGUUGUUGAGACUGAUUUCAGAUAUGCAGUAAAAUGCUAUUUAGAUAAGAAAGGUGUCAAGAUAGAUAGGUUUCAAAACAACCUCCCUGGCUACGAAUGGACCAAAUCGUUUUUGAAAAGGCAUGAGAAGCUGACAAGUCGUCUCAGCUCUAACAUAAAAAAAGUAAGAGCUGAAGUUGGUGCUAAAGAUAUUGAAAAUUACAUGGAAAACCUGAAAGAAGUUAUCGAAAACGUUCCUGCCACUCAUAUUUGGAACUACGAUGAAACAAAUCUUUCAGAUGACCCUGGAAACAAAAAGGGACUCUUCUCCCCCCCUAUGUAGUGUACAAGGCAGAUAACAUGUGGACAACUUGGACUGAGAAUGGACCAGCAGGGGCUCGUUAUAAUCGUUCUAAAAGUGGCUGGUUUGACGCUAUAUGUUUCGAAGAUUGGUUUGAGUCGUUGUUCUUACCUCAUGUGAGAACUCAAAAUGGGCCAAAAGUUAUUAUCGGGGAUAACUUGUCUUCACACAUUAGUUUAAACGUACUUAGGCUUUGUGAAGAAAACAAUGUUAAAUUUGUCUGCUUACCACCGAACUCCACCCAUCUUACACAACCUCUAGAUGUGGCCUUCUUUUCCCCCAUGAAAAAGUCAUGGCGAGCAAUCUUAAGCAAAUGGAAAGAGUCCGCUUCUGGCUCUAAGUUCACAACCAUUCCAAAGGACGCAUUUCCGACUCUAUUAAAAGAGUUAAUGGCUAGUUUGGCAGAAAAUCAAGAAAGAAACCUGAUGGCUGGAUUUGAAAAGUGUGGAAUCCAUCCUUUUAACAAACAGAAACUACUAGACAGGCUGCCAGAAAACCAACCGGUUGACAACACAGUAAUAGGAGAAGCCUUUCUUGAGCAACUGGAGAAAAAGAGAGCUGAAUACUUGACGAAAGAUGGCCCCAAAAAGAGAAAGAAGAAGCUGCAAGUGCCCGCAGGAAAGAGUGUUUCGGUUAAGGAUGUAGAAGAAGCUACCGGUAUCUUAGAAGCAACCAAUAAACCCUCUUCGUCAAAGCAGACUUCGUCAAAAUCUGAGAAAGAAAAAGUUCCCAAGAAGAAGCAUAAACAGACUUACAAUUCUUCUUCGGAUGAAGACGAUGUGGAAAUGGUAUUAGAGUCAGAUGGAGUGAGUGAAUCAUUUUCAGACCUAGAAGACCUUCAGGAAGAAUCUAAGAAAGCCGAACCUACUGCUGAAACAAAAAAACAAAAAUGGAAAGCAGAAGAUUUUGCCGUUGAUAACUUUGUAAUUGUGAUCUACAAUGGUCAAAAGUACCCUGGCAAAAUAGUAAGCAUUUUUGAUCAUGGCCCAGUAGUUGAGUGCAUGGAGAAGAAAAUAAAAUUCUGGCGCUGGCCUGAGAAGCAAGACCGCAUGGCCUAUGACUGGGAUGACGUUUGGGAAAAAAUAAAUCCUCCUAAAAUAGCAUCAAAGAGGAACCAGUUCACAGUCCCAGAACUAGACAAUUUCGUGGAAUAACUUGAAAUAUUUUUACUUCCUUUUGUAACAAUAAAGUGUGAUUUUUACUUCGUUUUGUAACAAUAAAGUGUGGUUUUCUUAGCAGUUUGUUUUCCUUUUCCACUUUUUUGUCCAAAUCAUAAAGUUUAAAAGUAAAAAUCUAAUAAACUUGAAAACUGAAUACUUGAAAAGAAUCUUGUAUAGGGUAACUUUGCUCCACUUAUGAUAUGGUACUAAAUUUCAAAGGUUUUAAUGGAUGGGACAAAGUUACCCCAAUCCCAGGUAACUUUGUCCCAAUUUUUAAAAAUUUUUUAUCUAGGUUAGGAAAAUUAUUAGGGACUUAUACUAAUGCUUAAAUUUGUGGCACAUAAUCGAAUAAUAACUGGAAAAACUUAAAACACAAUCUUCAUCACAAAUAGAUUGGUAAAAACUGGUUUGUUUCACAAAAAACUGGGAAAGUUGGGCCAAAGUUACCCCAGU